GCCAAAAUCUUACAAAUCACACAGCACGGAGAGAAGAUACAUAGAUCCUUCAUAACUUAUAACUAUCGGCUAUUUGCACCUAGCAGCCUAGUAUACACUCAAAUAGGACGGAGUUAUCUAUCGAUCUCGGCACUGAAAAUGUCUACAAGUGCAAAAACCAUUGUCGCGACAGGCGCAUCUUCCGGCUUGGGAUUUGAGGUUGUGAAGCAACUUCUCGAGCAGUCACAGAAUUACACUUUCAUCCUUGGAUGUAGAGAUCCCGAAAACGCUAAAGUUGCGUUCGAUGCCCUCAAAUUUGAUACAGCAAAGCACACAGUUUGCGUCUUACCCUUGGACCUUUCGGAUCUUCGUAGUGUACAAUCGUUCGUGCAACAGACCCUUACCGAGCUGGCCGGCAAAAAUCUGGACUAUUUAUUCCUCAACGCCGGUAUGCUGGGAAAAGCCGACGGCCCAGGACCUCACGGGUCGCAAUGGUGCGAACCGUUCGUGGUUAAUCAUUUAUCCCAACAUUAUCUCAUCCACUUGCUUCAUGAGACCCUUACUGCUUCACGGUCUCGUCUUGUCAUUGUGUCAUCAGGGGCGAUUCGUAACCUGCGAGACAAUGAUCCUAAAACGCUUGAUGUUGAUCUCAAGGCUAACUCCGGUGCCGAGUUGUUCGUGAUAUACUCUGCUUCAAAAUUUGCUCAACUUCUGAGUGCACACUACUGGCGUCGUAACCUCCCAGAGUGUAUCGUCGUAGCUGUGUCCCCUGGUCUCAUUCCGAACACCGGACUAGGACGCAAUGCAUCUUUUGCAUUACCGGCCGACCUUCCUGAUGCUAAAAGCAUUCCCGAAGGUGCCCAAAGUCUCAUCCGCGCAUUCACUAUCACGGAAUUUCCAGCCGAUCCCGAGCAGAUCUUCCUAACUAGCUGGGGUGAAUGGUGGCCGAAGGAUGUCUAUAAACUGAGCCUCGAUACAGACCUACAGUCUCGCUGGUCGUUCAGCAAGCACGAGAUAGAGACUACCGAGGCUCUCCCUAUACAUUGAGAGAUGUAUAUAGUUCUGGCUAGGUAGUGAAUGAGAUAAUGAAUGAUUCGCAUUCGAAAAUAUUCAGCUAGAGGUGGAUUUUAAGCUAUGGCUCUAUAGAUGAUUCUAAUCUCACUGCGUCUUAUACCUUCCAUCCAGGUUUUCGCUCCCAUCUUCACUUCCGAAAGUUCACUCAAAACUCAAGUGAAGGCAGUAGAGUUUUAGAGACACCA